AUGGAUGGGAGAGUGAAGACUUGGAGAGCCUUGCUUCAGGAAGUCCCUAAGUCUUCAGGUCUUGGGAAGGAACAAUUUGCUGUGUUAGUCUUUGGAAUGUCUGUUGAGAUGAGGUUUGCCGCCAGAAACAACGUAAAUGCCUUUGCACUUGGCAAGGAUUUGGGGACCCGGGAUCAUGGUUGGUUCCCGGGAAAGCGAGAGAUUGAGAUCAGCGACUUGGCGGAGGGUGAAUGGAGGAGGUCCCCCUCCAGGGGGUACCCCACACACUGGUGGAUGGGGCACUGGCUUCCAGGGAGGGUGGAGAGAGAGGAUAUCCCGGCAGACGCUAGACGGGUGGUCGCUGCUGCCAGUGUAAAUCCGGGGACGCCCUGGUUUGCUCCCCCUUCCUGCUCCCACCCCAGUCCUUGCAAAGCUGGGAGAGUGUUCUCCUCCACCCCACCGCGCGUGGGGAGCAGGUCUCGCUGCAGCGGGGUGGGGCCCGCAGAGAGUCGGGGUGACACGGGGAGGCCGGGGUGGGAGGGGGGCGGCGCGCGGGGGACCACGCCGUCCCAGCCCACGUGUGCGCAAGAUUUAAAAGUUGGUGUCGCUCAGGGCGAUCGGUUCGGUGGCCAGGGCACCGGGUGGAGCCCAGGGUCCCACGUCCCGAAUCCGGAGAUGUCCGCAGGCGCGGAGAUGCCAGGAGCCGUGAGCCGUCGUCGGGGGCCACCGGCGGGACAGGUGGUGGCCGUCGCGCCCCGCUUCCUGCUCCCGCUGCUGCUGCUGCUGCUCGCCUGCUGCGCGGGCACCUGCCGAGGUAAGAAAGCCCACCACGGUCCAGCCCUGCUGCCCCUCCGCGGCUCCUCCGCCCCGAUUCCCCGCGCGCACGCGCCGCGGCCUCCAGGCUGUCACCCGCGAUUGCAGGACGCAGGUGGCCCACGCUGGGCAGCCAGCCAUGGAGGAAUGAUUGUCUUCAUCUGCCUUCUUCGGGAGGCAGUUGCUCCAAUAUUACCACAAGGAUCACUGCCUGAACAAGAACUACACUUGUGGAAUAAGGUGGGCGAAGCUUGCUCAUCAUUUCUGUCCAGUGAUUCUCAGCCUCAGGCAUCUGCUGCACUGAAUGAAUUUUGCUCUGUGGUGAUGCGUAUUCUACUAAAGCUUCAGGAACAAGAUGAAAAAGAUAAUACUAAAAGGUUUUUAUUUCAUUAUUCAAAGACACAAAAGUUGGACAAUUCAAAUGUUGUGUCUUCUGUAGUACAUCCGCUGCUGCAGCUGGUGCCACGACUGCACGAGAGGAGGAUGAAAAGAUUCAAAGUGGACGAUCCAAAUGAAGAUACAGAAUGGAAUGAGAUUCUAAGAGAUUUUGGCAUUCUUCCUCCAAAAGAAGAACCAAAAGAUGAAAUUGAAGAAAUGGUUUUACGUUUACAAAAAGAAGCAAUGGUUAAACCGUAUGAAAAGAUGACACUUUCAGAGUUGAAAGAAGCUGAAGAUGAUUUUGAUGAAGAAGAUAUGAGAGCUAUUGAAAUAUACCGAAAAAAGCGUUUACAGGAAUGGAAUGCACUUAAGAAAAAACAAAAGUUUGGGGAAUUAAGAGAAAUUUCUGGAAAUCAAUAUGUGAAUGAAGUCACAAAUGCAGAAAAAGAUUUAUGGGUUAUAAUUCACCUAUACCGAUCAAGCAUCCCAAUGUGUUUGUUGGUUAACCAUCAGCUUAGUCUCCUAGCAAAAAAGUUUCCAGAAACUAAAUUUGUUAAAGCCAUCGUGAAUAGCUGCAUUCAACACUACCAUGAUAACUGCUUACCAACAAUUUUUGUUUAUAAAAAUGGUCAGAUAGAAGGCAAAUUCAUUGGUAUUAUAGAAUGUGGAGGGAUAAAUCUCAAGCUAGAAGAACUUGAGUGGAAGCUAGCUGAAGUUGGAGCAAUAGAGACUGAUUUAGAAGAAAAUCCCAGAAAAGGCAUUGCAGAUAUGAUGGUAUCUUCAAUUAGAAACACUUCUAUUUAUGAUGAUGGUGACAGUUCAAACAGUGAUAAUGAUACCAAAUAG